GUCGUACGGUAUCGCCCGGGACCUCUCUCGCCGGCGGCCACCCCUCGUGUCACUCGCAACUCUUCGUCCUCUUCAUCUGAGGAUCGUCGCCGUAACCAUUCGUGCCCGCAUCCAUCCCGUCGCCGUGCGAUUCCGCGAUUCCUUUAGCGUCAAAACGGAUCGAACCGAAAUUUGUCAUUUGAAAUUUGCAAUUUGAACCGUUCCCGUUCCACUCGCGAUUUCCUUCCUCUUAUAGCGCGUCUUCGCGUAAUAAAAGGAACUCUAGGGGUGAACGCGCGCGACGAAGCUGUUAAUCUCGCUCUUUCUGACUGUCUUCUCGACCGCGACGACACUCUCCACUAUCGUUGCGCUCUCGCCAGCUUAAAAAUGAUGAGCCCAACGUUGAUGAUUCUCAUAUCUAUAACGACCAUGGCAAUUCUAUCCGGUGAAUCUUUCGGCGCGAUGCCCGCUCAGUGCAAUUCAGAAUUUCUUGAGGAGCUUCCACCUAGAUUGCGUAAAAUCUGUGUCGCUAUCGCCAGAAUAUGGGAUGCCAGAGAAAUGAAUGAUUUCGUUGACGACAGAGAAUAUCGAGAGAACUUGCCCCGUUAUGACAGCAGUGUCAAGAGGCAAGACGUCGAUCAUGUUUUCUUGCGCUUCGGAAAACGACGUUAAAAACGAUGGCCUGCUCUGUAUUCGCACAAGCGAUAAACGAUCUCAAGUUCUCUUUCGUUUUCAGUUAUCGUCAUCGACUCAUAAGACAUUUGGCGAAUGUAAAAAAAAGAAAGAAUUUACAAUCAUACGUACGCGCUAAAAGAUGAAAUUAUCUGAUCCCGAUUAUUAACGUUAAUAUUCUCCUUGAUAAUCUUCUUUUUUUUUGCUGUAUAUAAAAAAGGAAUUGGUUUCUUCGAGCAUUAUAGUAUUGAAUCAAAAGUAAGUAUGUUUUGGAUUUUAAGAGUUUUAAUGCAAUUUUAUGUUCUUUGUUUAUUCGACAAAAAUGUAUUUGAUACAUUUAUAGAGAAAUCUUAAUUAAAUGUUUUAUAUCUUAACAUAUCUAUU